AUGAGCUCCACCGCCGCCUUCAGUGGUAUCUCGACCAAGAUCAAGCAGAGCUACUCCAAGGCUUCCACCUCAGGCGCAUGCCUCGACACCGACAGCGAGCUCAUCGAGUUGGAUGAUCGGGACACGGGAAUACCCGUCAGUUCCGCCUGGCGCGUUGACGACGGAUAAACUUCGAGCUGGGUUAGCAGACCUGACGACUGUAUUUCAUCAACUACAGUUUGAACUGCGGUAUGCACCCCAGCUGGCCAAGAAGCCCACAGCAGCAAAGGACUCGGGCUCGACCAAUCAACCAAAACCGGCUCCCCGAGACCCUUUCGCCGAGCCGUAUCCCGAGCCCGAUCUCUACGUCCACGAGGAAGAGGUCAAGGAGGAUCUUUCUGAUGCAUCAGGAGACACUUUUGUCCUGCUCGUGCGUUGCUCGUGCCUCGGGCUCGAUCUAUCCUAGCGAAGAUUUUGCUCAUGCCAAUCACGAAACCCUUCCGUCUCGCUGUGUACACAGCUCAACAAAUUCUGCAUCGUUCCGCGACAUUUCCUCUUGGUGACUAAGGAAUUUGAGAAGCAGGAGCGGCCCUUGACACCGCUGCAGUUAUUGGCGACGUAUUCGGUGCUCAAGUCGCUCGGGACGAGAGAGAAACAUUUGGCUUUCUACAACUGUGGACCCUUAUCCGGUGCCUCGUAAGUCUCGCAAUGAUCAGGGCAGUGCCAAAACUCAGCUUACUAAACACUUCAAUAUUUUAUGCUUAACAGGCAACCCCACAAACAGUUCGUUUGCGAAUGAAUCCGCAGCUUGUCCAGGAGAUCGAUCGCUGACUCUUAUUCCCAUCCUCAAUACUCUGCAGCGUCCAAUUUAUUCCCUUGUCGAACGGUGUCGCACCCUUCGACAACUUCAUCCAAGACAGCAAACCCUCAAACCCCAGUAGGUCUUCGAGACUUCUUCGUCUUGGCCCCAGUUGAAAUCUAGCUGACUCUUUCCCUCAUCUCGCUGGGGCGCGGCGCGGCCACCAGAGGACCCAUUUCAACUCCCUCUUCCUUACGCCUCCUUCACCGUCAUGCUUGCACCGCCCUUGAACGGCGAUCUUGUUUCUUACCUCGGCAUGACCUUCCUCUCCCUGUUGGACUUGAUGAUCGAGCAUUUAAGAAGGGCCUCGCUCGUCAAAUCUUCGUCGGAAGGAGCGAACCCCGACCCCUCAACAACAACGGCGCCUCCACCCCUUUCCUCAAGAGGUGGUCUCUCCGGCCUUAGCUACAACCUCAUCAUGACCGAAAAGUACCUCCAAAUCAUACCUCGCUCAAAAGAGAGCUGGAGCGCCUCGGGAUCCAAGCAGCAUAUCAGUGUCAACUCGCUAGGUUUCGCGGGUAUGUUGUUGGUCAAGGAGGAGGAGGUCUUGGAGGAGGUCAAGAAGGUUGGAGUGAUGAGUAUACUGAAGGAGGUGGGGGUGGAUCCGGUCGUUAGUGGGGAGUUGGGGGAGGAGGUACAGGAUGAGGACUGA